AUGGAUACUUUCACAGACUUGGUUGAGAAGAAAAAACUCUUUCACCGGUUCCAAUAUCCCUAUACCAUCCACGUUUCCCUCGAUCUGAGUCAUGAUGGAGAACACCAGACUACGGUUCAGCAGUGGAGAAGAGAAAAGAGAAUCGGAGUGGGUGGGUUCGGGAAAGUAUUUCUUGAAGUCCUUAAAAUUCCACAGACCUCCGAAGUUGGGCAGCCAGCCAAGUAUAAGUUCCGUGCAGUGAAAGAGAUUCCAAAGAGUGGGGUGACGGAUCAAACAUACAAGAAUCAAACAUACAAGCGCGAGCUCAAAGCGAUCGUCAACUUCUCUCAAGAAAAGUACAACGAUUUUUUCGUCGAGUCGUAUGGUUGGUUCCACACCGAUGACACCGUUUUCAUUGCUAUGGAGUAUUUCAAGAACGGUGACCUUGGGCAGCACUUGCAGCGCUUGGGCAAACCACUACCUGUUUUGGAGGCACAGCAGAUUGCCGUCCAGAUCUUGGAGGGACUUUAUUUCAUGCAUUCCGAAGGGUUUACGCAUAGAGACUUGAAGCCAGCGGCAAAAUCUGCUGGUCAAGCCGGAACAAUUUUGUGGGCUGCACCUGAAUACUUUGAUUCAAACGAGCGAACAACUCGUUAUACCAGCGCUGUUGACAUCUGGUCAUUUGGCGUCAUUGUCUUCUAUAUGCUCACCGGAAAGCGGCCAUUUCUAGGCACUAUCGAUGUUAUUGAAUAUGGACGAGGUCAGGCCAAGUUCCCAGAAUCUGCUAUUGACGACCACAAGACUGGUGCCAAUUGUGUGGACUUUCUAAAAAAGACAAUUGCGCCCAAACCAGAAGACCGUUUGAAUGCGUAUUGUUCCUUGGAACAUUCCUGGCUGAGGGCAUAUCGAGAGAGUUCUUCCUUAUUGAAACCAAUUGAGGAAGUCAGUUCCACAUCCACAUCCAAAUCACCCCCUUUGCCUGCGAGUGGCUCCAAACUCAGUGAGAAGGAGAAAUCAAAAGCCCGUUCUGAAAUCGGAUCCUCUUCAGCGUCUGGGACCUGGGGCUUUCUUGAUAAAUCGCCCGGGGAUGCAACGGCGAUACCAAUAAGAAAUGGCAUUAAUCCUGCACUCAAAUCACCCACUUUGCCUAUAAGUGGUUCAAGAUUCGGCGAAAAAGAGACCUCCAAAGUCGUUUCUGACGAGUUCUCUUUGGCCUCGGGAGCCCGGGGUUUUAUUGAUUCAACCCAGCCCAAAGAGGCAGGCUUUGUGCCAAUCAAAGAAGCACCAUUCACAUCCACACUAUCUGCUGUACCUUACAAUAGAUUUGUAUACAGUGAAAAGCAGGCCUCGGAAAUUGACUCUGACAACAAACCCUCGGUCUCCAUAUUCAUUGAGCAUUCUGGUGAAGCUCAGUCCAGAGCAAAACUUGCAAACCAACCCUGGUCAUACUCAACUGACGAUGGUUAUGUUGUUAGCGAUUCUAGCGAUGCAGACUCGAAAUCUUCAGUACAAGAACGACCAAUAAUAUGCAUUAGGGUUGGUGGUAUUGGGCGGCCCAACGAAGACUUUAGAGCUAGCCCGGUAUCCGGCCCCUUGUAUUUAGGGGCUACAAUAUGGCUGAAGAGGCAUGCCUAUGAUGCAAAGACACCCAAAGUGGACAAGCUGCGCCAUCAAGUUGCGCGGGGGAACUGGACAGCCACGAUCCCUCUUGCGUGCACCCUUAUAGAACAGUUCCCAUCCCAUCCAAGCUAUGGCGAUUUUCAAUGCUGCCUAGGGUUUGCGUUAUUUUUCCACGGGAGAUAUGAAGAGGCAGAACUCGUCUUUCACGAAGCUCACAUAUCACGGAGAGCUACCGGAGAUUUCACGGUCAAUGUGAUGCUCGCCGAAACUCUGUUCCGGCAGGGUCGCCAAGAUGAAUCCAUUUCAUUCGUGCGCCAGGCUUUGAAAGUGCAACGCAAAAAUCCACUUGUGACUCAGGAGAAACGCAUCCUCACACAAUACGUAUUCGGAGAUUUGCUGGGCCGUGAUCUCAACAUGCAGUCGGAUGCAGUGAAAAUGCUCACAGAUGUGAUAUCUCAGAGCCAGAGUCUCUCUGGGUCAACCACUCAAGGGGAGGCCUACGCGUUGGCCUCGCUAGCUGAUUGCUAUUCUCUGAGCGAGGAUUGGAUGAUGGCAGCUCAGUUUCUCCAGAAGGCAAUUGCGACUAAAACAUAUAUAAAGGGUGUGAAUUGGAAAUCUAACCUCCUGGAAUUUUAUAGCCGGGCAGGUCAAGAAGAGGAAGCACUGAUAUACUUCCGGAAUGAUGUGAAAGAUGUGAGCGAAAAGCAUGGCACCCACAACAUACACCUUUUGGAAUCACAAUAUUUGCUUUGGAGAUCACUUAUGACUUUGGAUAGGAGGAAGGAGGCGCGGGUAUUGUUCGAGAAGAUUGCACACCUUCGUCGGGAACUUCAAAUUGAAAAUGAGGUAUGGCCCGCAUGGUUGGCUAAAUUGAACGAGCUUGUGGAUUUCAAAAGGCAAUUGAGCGAAGAAAAGAAGUCCACAAGAUAUGAAGGCACUCGCAUGGCAAAUUGGAACAACCCCCUUCUCCACUGA